CGCGCCGCCGUUGCACUCGAGCCAAUGGGAGCGCGCCGCCGCCGCAGCGCCCGGUGCGGCCCCUCUGCGCGGAGCGUGGCUGGAAACUACCACUAGUGUUCCCUGCUUGGCUGUGUAGCUGUGAGAAAUAGCUAUGGAAGACCCUGAGAAGAAGACAGAAGUAGUACUUCUGGCCUGCGGGUCCUUCAACCCCAUUACCAACAUGCACCUACGGCUGUUUGAGCUGGCUAAAGACUACUUCCAUGAAACAGGAAAAUACAAAGUCAUCAAAGGAAUCAUCUCACCAGUCGGAGAUGCAUAUAAGAAGAAAGGUCUGAUCAGUGCAGAUCACCGGGUAGCUAUGGCAAAACUAGCUACAGAAAACUCUGACUGGGUGGAAGUUGAUGAUUGGGAAAGCAGCCAGAGUGAGUGGUUGGAAACACUAAAAGUUUUAAGGUAUCAUCAACAAAAGCUUGUAUCUCCUGAUCCCACAAAUAGCCUGCAGAAUGCUAUACCUGUAACAAAGGCAGGACGGAAGAGGAAGCAAGAACCAAAUAGGCAUGAGCCCAUUAAGAAGAAAAAUCAAAGUCCAGAUAUAAAAAGUGCCCCACAGCUUAAACUGCUCUGUGGAAGUGACAUGCUGGAGUCUUUUGGGAUCCCAAAUCUGUGGAAGUUGGAGGACAUCACUGAAAUUGUGGAAAAUCAUGGCCUUGUAUGCAUCAGUAGAGCUGGAAGCAAUGUUCAGAAGUUCAUCUAUGAAUCUGAUAUUUUGUGGAGACAUAAGAAUAACAUUCACCUUGUGGAAGAAUGGAUCACAAAUGACAUUUCCUCCACCAAGAUUAGGAGAGCACUGCGGAGGGGCCAGAGCAUUCGUUACCUAGUGCCUGAUGCAGUUCAAGCAUACAUAGAAAAGCAUAACCUGUAUAGUCCAGAGAGUGAAGACAGGAAUGCUGGGGUUGUCUUGGCUCCCUUACAGAAGAAUGCAAGGGAUUCCAAGAACUAACAACUAAUAGGUACUAUACAACUUUCUGCUGUGAAAAAAAAGCUACAGUUUGGUACAGGAAACUAUGUUUUUUAAGGGUUAGGUUUUUUGCUUGUGUAUUUUUAAAGUAAAGAGUGGGCUAAUUCUGUGGCUUUAGUACAUAUGUAGUUGCUGCUGAGGUUUGGUGCACUCAAUAACUGGACCUACACAAUCUUUUUUACAUCCAAUCAGAUUUUCAUGUAUAACAUGUCACAGUGCAGUGAACUAGAUACAAGAAUUCACACUUGCUUAUGAAAAUUACAGAUUAACAAACAAACCAAAGGAGAAUGUUUUGAUUGGUUUUAACUCGGACCACUCUGAGUCUAAUUUUUAACAACUUCCACUGUCUUAACAGACAAAGCCAUUUUGUUUCAAAAUGUACUACUUACUGUCAGGAAAUCUGUUUAAUUUUUUAAGACAUUGCCAACAUGUACACCUCACAAAGCUAAUUAGCUCUAUGCUGGAAGGAAAAAAGUUACUCCUGGCUGAAGUGGUGCUAGAUAUACCAUGCUUUGAACCGCCUGCCUUUCAGAUACACAGCCUGUUUGUCUGAUGUUGUGCAAUUUGCUCCCAGGAAUGCCUUGUGCUUUACUUCAUUCAUGUUUCCAAAGCUGUACUUUAAGCUCAGCAAUGUUCUCAUGGAAGGACAGACCUGCUUGAGAAAUUGGUUUGUGGCCAUUGAUUUAAUGGCUAGAAAUUAGCAAUAGUGUUAUUGCACUGAUUCUCAGACAGUUCUCCAUUUAUUUCAAGUAAUAAAUGAGCUUUUACUUUUCAGCCAAAUGUAUAUAGCCAGAAUUUCUGUAACUGGAGUUGAAAAGAAAUGGUAGGAUAGUAAGACUGUGAAUAAAUGAAAUGGUUUUCUUUGCUAUAAAUCUGGUUUUGAAUCUAUCGGUAUAUUGUCUGUAUUAUGUGAAUAUAAACUAGAGAAGCACUGUGAAUGUCAUGGUCAUAGAAUUCUAACUCCCUUUAUUUGCUGUCAACUCUUGUGUUUUGAUUAUGUGUCUUAUAAAAAUGUCAAGGUGUCCAAGAUGCUCCCUAAUGGGUCAACAGCUUUUUCAUACAACCUCCACAAGAUGACUGUUCACAUUUUUGAGAUCACCAAAUCCAAUAGAAUGAGAGAUUCUCGGGGCAGGAAACCUAGAACCAGGGACAUGUUCUAAGAACAUAACGUGACAACCUGUCAUCCUCCUCCACUGGGCAGAGGAUCCUCAAAGAACUGAGGGAGCAGUCUAGGCAUCUCUAGGAGCUUAGUGGGAAUGUGGAAGCCAGGAUCAAAACACAGAACAUCACAGACAGUCCUGGGUCCUGUGAGGCUGUCAUAAAACUCAGGAAGCAAGUCAAGAUGCUACUGGGAAAACCUGUAGCCCCUAAUGAAGCUAGCAGUGGGCACACAGACCUGGAGCCCCACAUGAAAUUCUGCACAAUUACCAUACACUAGAACAUCUGUGUUCUAGCUCUGGCCUGUAGAGAUGGCUGUCUACAGAGAAUUAGCAGGUAGACUGGUGUAAUAUCAGAUCACAACUUCGAAGUGCAUCUGUAACUGCACUGUAACAGAAAAUACCAUCAAGGAUUAUUUUGUUUUGUUUUUCUUCAUGA